AUGCGUGUCACUUCUUCCAUCCUCGCGGCUGGUUUCGCGGCCUCUGCCUUCGCGGCUCCGGGAGCCCGUCCGCAUCGCAGAGCACCCUGCCCAGAGGCCGAGCCGGCCGCCAAUGCCGUCUCGAGCGCCGCUGCUGCGCCCUCGAGCACUCCUACCGGGGCCGCCUCGUCCGGCUCCAACUCGUCGUCCGGCAGCGCCAGCGGCGGCCUGAAGUUCCUUGGUACCUCCGAGUCUGGCGCCGAGUUCGGAGAGAAGAACUGGCCUGGUGCUUACGGCACGGACUACAUCUUCCCCGACACCAGCGCCAUCCAGACGCUCAUCGACCUGGGGAUGAACAUGUUCCGCAUUCCCUUCCUGGCGGAGCGCAUGGCCCAGUCCUCCCUGUCCGCGGACCUGGACGCCGACUACCUGAAGAACCUCACCACCGUCGGCGAGAUCAUCUCGUCCAACGCGGACUUCAAGACCUUCUGGACCAACCUGGCCGGCUCCUUCAAGGCCAACGACAAGGUGGUGUUCGACUGCAUCAACGAGCCCCACGACAUGACCACCGACACCCAGACGGCCGAGCUCAACCAGGCUUGUGUCGAUGGUGUCCGCGGCGCCGGCGCCACCACCCAGUACAUCUUCGUCGAGGGCACCUCGUACACGGGCGCCUGGACCUGGACCACGUCCGGCAACAGCGAACACAUGGGCAACAUCACCGACACUGUUGAUGACCUGCUCGUCUACGAGAUGCACCAGUACCUCGACAGCGACGGGUCCGGCACAUCGACCGAGUGUGUCUCCUCCACCAUCGGCAAGGAGCGCAUCACCGCGGCCACCACCUGGCUGCGCGAGAACAACAAGGUCGGCGUCAUCGGCGAGCUCGCCGGCGGUGACAACGAACAGUGCAAGACCGCCGUCACGGGUAUGCUCGACUACAUGGUCGAGAACUCCGAUGUCUGGAUUGGCGCCUUGUGGUGGGCGGCUGGUCCCUGGUGGGCAGACUACAUGUACUCCAUGGAGUCUCCCUCUGGCACUGGGUACACUGCUUACAAGGACAUCCUCAGCAAGUACGUUCCUGCUUAG